AUGAACACAGGCAAAAUUAUCAACCCUCUCGCCACAAAAGCCAACCACGCAGACUACUGUUCAUACUUUAGCAAACUUGAAAUGACGGUCACGACCAUCAACAUCGUCGCGGCGGCAAAUGCCAUUUCCAUCGUCGCGGCGGUACCGUCGCCUCUCAUCGCCGCCUUUUCGUCGCCCUCCCUUCCCCUGCCCGUCGCGCUCCCUUCCCUACCCGUCGCGCUCCCUUCCGUCAUUCCCGACACACAUUGCCUUCUCGUCAUUCUCCCUUUUCGUGGCUCUUUUUUUUUUCCUGCACGUCGCCCUCGCUUCCCCUCCCCGUCGCGCUCCCUUUCCCUCCCCGUCGCGCUCCCUUCCCCUCACCGUCGCGCUCCCUUCCCCUCCCCAUCGUGCUCCUUCCCCUCCCCAUCUCGUUCCCUUCCCCUCCCCGUUUCGUUCCCUUCCCCUCCCCGUUUCGCUCCCUUCCCCUCCCCGUCUCGUUCCCUUCCCCUCCCCGCCGCGCUCCCUUCCCCUCCCCGUCUCGUUCCCUUCCCCUCCCUGUGUCGUUCCCUUCCCCUCCCCGUCUCGUUCCCUUCCCCUCCCCGUCUCGUUCCCUUCCCCUCCCCGUCUCGUUCCCUUCCCCUCCCCGUCUCGUUCCCUUCCCCUCCCCGUCUCGUUCCCUUCCCCUCCCCGUCUCGUUCCCUUCCCCUCCCCGUCUCGUUCCCUUCCCCUCCCCGUCUCGUUCCCUUCCCCUCCCCGUCUCGUUCCCUUCCCCUGCCCGUCGCGCUCCCUUCCCCUCCCCGUCUCGUGCCCUUGCCCUCCCCGUCUCGUUCCCUUCCCCUCCCCGUCUCGUGCCCUUGCCCCUCCCUUCUUUCCUCUCUUGUUCUUCCCUCCUUUCUCUCCUCGCCGUACCCUCCGCAUACCAUUGCAUUCCACCGUGCACUGCAUCCCGUUUCGUCAUUUUCGCCAAGUCCGCUUCCCACCACUCUCGUUUCCCCCCUUGUACUUUCCCCCGUUCCCCCACUGCCCCCCCCUUUUCUUUCCCCGUGUCUCCGUUUUCGCCCGCCUUUCCACCCUGUCCUGAAGUCCCUUGUCCCUCCCUCCCUUCCCCCUCCCCCCUCCCCCCUCCCUCCCUUUCCCCCGUGUCCUCCCUCCCCUUGCCCCUCAAUCCCUGACUCCUUGUCCUUCCCUCCCUUCCUCUUAGCCCGCCCAGCCUCAAUCCCAAGACCCUUGUCCCUCCCCCCUUUCCCCCCCAUGUCCUUCCCCCCGUCCUUUCCUCCGUUUCCCCCUUCUCCCUCUCACUCGCCCUCCCUCUCCCUCCACGCUUCUCGCCCUUAUCCCCGCCCAUGUCUUCCUCCUUUCCCUCCCAUCUCACUGAACCCUCUCUUUCCUCCCCUCCCCCCUUGCUCCAUUUCUUCUGAUUUCCGCCCUUCCCCCUCUUCGCCUCUCCUUCCCUCCCUCGCUGUCCAUCUCUCUUCGCCUCUCCUUCCUUCCCUCGCUGUCCCUCUCUCUUCGCCUCUCCUUCCCUCCCUCGCUGUCCAUCUCUCUUCGCCUCUCCUUCCUUCCCUCGCUGUCUCUCUCUCUUCGCCUCUCCUUCCCUCCCUCGCUGUCCCUCUCUCUUCGCCUCUCCUUCCCUCCCUCGCUGUCCCUCUCUCUUCGCCUCUCCUUCCCUCCCUCGCUGUCUCUCUCUCUCCGCCUCUCCUUCCCUCCCUCGCUGUCCCUCUCUCUUCGCCUCUCCUUCCCUCCCUCGCUGUCUCUCUCUUGUCGCCUCUCCUUCCCUCCCUCGCUGUCCCUCUCUCGUCGCCUCUCCUUCCCUCCCUCGCUGUCCCUCUCUCGUCGCCUCUCCUUCCCUCCCUCGCUGUCCCUCUCUCUUCGCCUCUCCUUCCCUCCCUAUCCAAUGCCGUUUUGACAUGCUCAAAACGGUAUGCCCAAUGCACCAUGCACCAUGCCACGUGCCCCAUGCCCCAUGCAUUGUUCACCAUGCACUAA